AUGUCAGCUUUCAACAUCAGCGAAAACAGUCUCCCAGCCACUGUCUUCUUGACAGGGAUUCCAGGACUGGAGGCCAGCCACAUCUGGAUUGCCAUCCCCUUUUGUGCCAUGUACCUGGUGGCACUGGCAGGAAAUGCUGUCCUUAUCCUGAUUAUCGGGAUAGACAAUACUCUUCAUGAACCCAUGUACCUCUUCCUUUGUCUUCUCUCACUCACUGACCUGGCUCUCAGCUCUACCACCAUGCCCAAGACACUGGCCAUUUUAUGGUUCCAGGCUGGUGAGAUUUCCUUUGAUGGCUGUCUAGCCCAGAUGUUUUGUGUCCAUUCUAUCUAUGCCAUGGAGUCCUCAGUUCUUCUCGCUAUGGCCUUUGAUCGAUAUGUGGCUAUCUGCAAGCCUCUGAGGUAUACAACCAUUCUCAACCAUAGUGUCAUUGGCAGAAUCAGCCUUGUUGGGAUAUUCCGCAGUGUAGCCAUUGUUUCCCCCUUCAUCUUCUUGCUGAAGCGACUGCCCUACUGUGGACAUCAUGUCAUGGCACACACCUACUGUGAGCACAUGGGCAUUGCUCGACUGGCCUGCGCCAGCAUUACCAUCAAUGUUGUCUAUGGACUUACUGUAGCCCUGCUGGCCAUGGGCCUGGAUUCCAUCCUCAUUGCCAUCUCCUAUGUCUUUAUCCUCCGAGCUGUCUUUUGCCUGCCAUCUCGUGAUGCCAGACGCAAGGCUCUGAGUACUUGUGGCUCCCACCUUGGAGUCAUCCUGGUUUUCUACAUUCCUGCCUUCUUCUCCUUCCUCACUCACCGCUUUGGCAGACAACGAGUCCCCAAGCAUGUGCACAUCUUUCUGGCCAAUCUCUAUGUGCUGGUGCCCCCUGUUCUCAACCCAAUCAUCUAUGGGGCCAGGACAAAGGAGAUUAAAAGUCGACUUCUUAGACUGCUUCAUUUAAGGAAGGGCUCAGUAUGA